GCGGUGGGAACUUCACCGGAUUGCCAUGACUGCGAUGACCAGGAACCACGGGAGCCGUUGAACUCGAUUGAGAAGGAAGCCGAAGCCGACUUGGCCAACCAUCAGCCCAGCAAGGAACAACGGAAGAACGACUGCAAGAAAGGCAAGAAAUACUCCCGCCUCUCCUGCUUGCGUCGCCGCCGUCACCCCCAGAACGUGGAUGAGAGUGACCUGAGCGAGGGCUUUGACUCCGACUCCAGCCAGGGCUCCAUAAAGGGCAGCGACGGCUCAGAAAGUGGCUCAGAGAAGAGUGACGAGGAAGCUGAAGCUGCUUUUGAUGUGGAAACGGACUCUGACAUGAACAGCCAAGAAUCUCGGUCUGACUUGGAGGACAUGGAGGAUGAGCCGGGUGAGGAGGGAAGCAGCCAAGGCAAAAGCGGCCCCAAAGAGGCCUUAAAAAACUGUGUGGAUGGCAGUGGGCUGGGGGACUCCAAGAGCCCCAGCAUCUCUAAAAUUGAGGCUCCGGAUCCAGUGGUCAACGGGCCAGCGUCCCUGAGCGCUAACGACGCAAGCAUAGCCAGUAAUCUCCAGGCCAUGUCCACCCAGCUGUUCCAGACCAAACGCUGCUUUCGCUUAGCUCCCACUUUCAGCAACAUCCUUCUGAAACCCAGCAGCGAGCCGCCCAUCCUGAAGGAUGGAAUGGAAAGCAAGCCGUGUGUCAACGGAGAUCUGGAGAAGUCCAGCUUGGCAGAGCAAGAUGAUACGUCUGACUCUGAGGAAAGCAUUUCAAGUAACAAAUCCUGCAGGAAUGAGCGAUCCCUUCAGGAGAAGCUAGAGAUUGUGACCAACGAAGGGCUGCUUCUCACUGUCAAGGUGUUCCUGGACUGGCUGAGGACGAACACAGACCUCAUCAUCAUGUGUGCUCAGAGCUCUCAGAGCCUGUGGAACAGGCUGUCUGUGCUCCUGAACCUUCUGCCUUCUGCUGCAAACCUGCAGGAAUCAGGGCUGGCCCUGUGUAACGAAGUCAAGGAUGUUCUGAGUGGUGCUGAGCUCCCAGACCUGAAAGCCAACUUGCUGCUCCCGGAAGAUGUGGCCCUGCGAAACCUUCCUCCUCUCAAAAAUGCACACAAGAGGUUUAACUUUGAGCAGGACCGGCCCAUUUUCUCAGCAGUGGAGGAGUCUGUUGUUCGAAUUUGCUGCAUUCGGAGCUUCGGUCACUUCAUUACCCACUUGCAAGGCAGCAUCCUGCAGUUCAACUCCGAGCUCGGGAUCUUCAUCAGCAUAGCACAGUCGGAGCAAGACAACCUGCUGCACCAAGCCCAAGCCCAGUUUCACAUGGCUGCAGAGGAAGCUCGUCGGAACAGGCUAAUGAGAGAUAUGGCUCAGCUUCGGCUGCAGCUGGAGGUUUCUCAGCUGGAGGGAAGUCUCCAGCAGCCCAAAGCGCAGUCAGCCAUGUCUCCGUAUCUCGUCCCGGACACCCAGGCCCUCUGCCAGCACCUGGCUGUUGUCAAGCAGCUGGCGACCAGCGGGAGGUUCAUCAUCAUCAUCCCCCGAACAGUGAUUGAUGGCUUAGACUUCCUGAAAAAGGAGAACGCAGGUGCCCGGGACAGCAUCCGGUAUCUGGAGGCAGAAUUUAAAAAGGGAAACAGGUACAUCCGUUGCCAGAAGGAUGUUGGGAAGAGCUUUGAGAGGCACAAAUUGAAGAGACAAGACUUGGAUGCCUGGAAUCUCUAUAAAAUCCUGGACAGCUGCAAACAGCUGACAGUCCCCCAGGGAAGCGGAGAGGACGACACCACGGGAAUGGUCACCAUCGUCACGGGCUUCCAGCUGGAGGACCCGAGCACGUUCUCAGCACCCAUGCAGUCUGCCAUCCAGGCAGCCACCAACGCCAGCGUAGAAAUCAAAAACAUCCUGGAGUUCUACAAGCAGUGGAAGGAGAUGGGCUGA